AUGGUCGUUACAAAGUCCGGCCGCGACAGGAAGAGAGUUUGUCGCAAGAAGCCAUCUAGCAAAAAAAUCAAGCCACAAGAGUCUUCGUUGGAGCAGAAACCUAAGAGAAAGCAUCACGGCUGGUGUUCUGUUGAAGGGCAGGCGAAGAAGAACAAGCUUUUCGUCUACUCAGGCACGUUACAUCGUACUCUGGUCAAGCGUAGCAAGUACAAGACUCAGUACAUCUAUCUCCGCAAGUAUCCAAUCACGUUCUUCAAAGGCCACAAGAACAAUGCCGCCGUACAGAAGACCGUCAAGCGCCUCUGGGGCGACAUCCUUCCCUUGCCGCUCCUAUAUGUUCCUCGCAACAUCUGCAUCACGUUCACGGCUCGUUACGCUUGCAUCUGCCCGCUGCCUCAACAUCCCAAGCACCUGGUCCUGGUUAUGAAGGAUGUGUUCCUGCCUCAUCACUGUGUUCGGCUAGGGCAGAUUUGUCAGAGGCUCGAGGACUUGGGGCCAAAGCAGUACAGCAAGGCCAACGUGGAGAAUGCGAGGUCCGACAUCGUGGAGGCCUUGCACCUUGGUAUUUGGGUGCACUACUCUCCGGUUCCAAUGGUCAGCAGGGAGACACGUCUUCAGUCGGAAGAAGUUUGGCAGGUGAUUCAGGAAAUGUUUGAAUACCUGAAGGCACACUUCGCCCCCGAGAUCAACAGUAUCUUGAAAUAUCACGCCCGCCCGCAAUUCAUCUUGAAGCAAAUGGUGGCAGAGCACAUUCGUAACGUGCUUGGGGAUACUCUGAAAGAGAACCCGUGGUUGGACAUGAACAGUGCCUUCUUUACAAUUGCGUGCGCAGUGGGCAGCAGCAAGCUGUGGCACUUGGACUGGAACGACGACUCCCGCCUCUAUGUCAUCAUAUCCUGCGUCAGUCCUGACGAGGAAGGCUGGGAAGGUGGCAACUGGAACUUGCCGCAACUUGGGUAUCGCAUACGUUUAGAGCAAGGUGAUCUGAUGUUUGUCCUUGCUUGGCGUCUGGUGCAUUGCGCCAGCACCAUGCUCAAAGGCAGGUGGAUGGUCUUUACCUGUUUUACUGAUUGCUUCAUUGUAAACAUGCUUACCAAGGCUCCGUCAUAUUUUGACCUCCAAAGGCUCUUCAACCUGUACCGUUAG